UAAACCGACCGAUUCCAGAGACACCGACGACGAUCCAGAACGUUCUAAACGGUGGCUCGCGAUCGCAUCCUCGUCGGAAGUGAUCCUUUGUUCGCGACAAAUGCCGAGUAUUUUGUCGCCUUGUCAUUGCUAUUGGCACCAAUCGUGACACGUGGCUCAGAUGAUCGAUAACGCCUCGUGCGAGCCGCAAGCUGAAACGAGAGCGAAAAUCGAAGAUCGAAAAAAUUUGUGAUCAGUCCACGGCGUAUCGUCGUCAAGAAGGGUAGUGCCUCGAUAUCGCGUUGUGAAACGUGAAACUGUGCUCAGCUCGGGAUAACGCUUAUACUUAAUUGCGACGAAUGGGCAUGGAGCAGUUCGAGCAGCUGCUAACCUGCGCAAUAUGCCUGGAUCGAUAUAGAAAUCCGAAGCUCUUGCCAUGUCAACACAGCUUUUGCAUGGAACCAUGCAUGGACGGCCUUGUCGACUAUGUUCGUCGACAGGUCAAAUGUCCGGAGUGCCGUGCCGAACAUCGUAUACCAUAUCAAGGCGUGCAAGCCUUCCCGACCAACGUGACGCUGCAACGAUUUCUGGAAUUGCAUAUCGAGAUCACGGGGGAAUUGCCGGACCCGACCAGCGGUCAGACCAUGGAACGUUGCGGCGUUUGCUCGGAGAAGAGUUACUGUCAACUGUGCGUGCACUGCGAGAAAAAAUGCUGCCCCGAGUGCAAGGACGCGCAUAUGGAUAUAUUGAGACGUGAAAUUGCACGUAUCAAUUCCCAGGUGCGCAGGGGGUUGCACAGGCUGCAGGACGCGCUGGCCCUGGUGGAGAAAAAUACAUUAGGCCUACAAACAAACUGCGCGUCGGUCGCCGAAGAGGUGGACGAGAUUUAUCGGAGGCUGAGCAAGGCUUUGAAAGACCGCACGGAACAUCUGCGUAACGAGGUCGAUCGAUACCUCGGCACCGAGCUCAGAGGCCUGAUUCAACUCAAAGAGAAUCUCGAAUUGGAAAUCGCGAAUAUCCAGAGCAACUGCGAUCUGGCGGAGGCGCACAUAAACGAAAACGUGCCGUGGGACGACGCCGAGCUCCUGGACACAAAGGAACUCUUUCUGCGUACGGUGGAAUUUAUCAGGAACUUCGAAUACGAGGCGGGGGAUUACAAUCGGCGAGUCCGCUUCGUGAUGGCGCACGAUCCGAAUCAGCUUGUCCUUCACGUGGCGGGUUAUGGUGAAUUGAACAUUAAACCGGAAAGCGGAAGCGGUGGAUUGCUGGGGAGCUCCAGCAGUUUAGCCCCACCGGUGGGUUCGCCCGGUCUUAUGAGAAGCAAGAGCGAUCACCGUCUCGCCUCGCAAUACAGGCAGCAGGAGGAGGAACGAUUAGCCAGGAAUCGAUAUGUUCCCGAAUACGAGUACGACGCCCCGGAGUACGAGGUGCCCAGGAACAAAUCCAGGUAUAGGAGCCGGUUUAUGCGGCAUCGGGACGGCGACGAUUCCGACGGUGACUCGAGGUCGACGGUGAGAUUCACAUCGGCGCCGCAGGAAUCGUCCGGCCUACGGGAGCGCGUUCUGGACACGGAGGACGCUGCGCGCGGUCCCCUGUCCGGUAUAUUUCGCCUGACGGACUCGCCGCGGGUCAUGAAGAAGCUGCAGGAGUGCGAGCGAGCCGGCAAGAGGAAGAAGGAGGAGCCGGCUAGUCAGCCCGCGCCGCAACCACCUCAACCACCUAAACCGCAGGUACAAGUGAGAAAGAUACCGACCGCGGUGGCAAGACAGAUCAGCGAGGACGACGAGAUCUCGAGGAUCAAGAAGCAGAACAAGAAUGCCGCGGCGACCGCUGCCGCCGCCCACGUCGAGACGGUGGAGGAGAGGCAGCCGACUUUGACACCCGCCCCCGUUCAUUCGCCGCCAACGAGGGAACUUCCGGAACGGGAACCCGAAGAGCAGCCGGUCAGGCGACCGGCUAUCGCCAGGAGAACUUCAGCCGAAACUCACGCUCCCCCCGCGGCCAGGAGUGCCUCGUCGGACUCGAGCACCGGCUCCGAGAGUUCGGGAUCCGGAAUACGCAGCACCGGCGCGCCGUUCACGGCCGAGGAGAUGAAACAGAAGUACCUGUCGAGGGCACCCCCGACAAGCACGACGACCACUGUCUCCACCACCGCCGGCAGGGAAUCAUCAAACGCUGCCGCCCCAACCCCGAGAGCGCCGUUUCAGAGUCGUUUUUUAGGCGCAGGUAACCGUGCGGCUCCACCGCCGCCGGUCCAGACGCCGCGAGAGGAACCAGCGGCUAAGAAGAAGGAAGAAGAGGAGGACGAGGACGAGGAGACAAGUAGCUCUUCCGAGGAGACGGAAUCGGACACCGAGGAAGAGUCGGAAACGGACGGUCGUCUGUCCAAGUCUGCUCCAGCCGUGACCUCUACCGCUUCUCAGGAUCGUCAGAGAAGCGAAUCCGCCAUGGCUCGCACCGACAUCGGGCCUUUGCUCGCUCGCAGCGCAGAAGCUAGAAGAGGAAGCAAGGAAGAUUCGCCUUCCACCAGGUAUUCGUCUCCGAGGGGCAGCCCCGCUCAAUCCGCGACGACGAUGAUGACGAUGACAACGCCGAGCGGCGGCGGCGGCGGCGGCGGCGGCGGCGGCGGCGGCGGCGGCGCCGCGACGACGACGACGUCGACGCCGGGCGGCUACACCAGCAGGACGUUUAGCGCGGACGGUACCGACGAAAGGUGCUCGGCCGGUCGUGUCGACAAUGGUAAAGUAAUCGCGACGGCCGACUCGAGCGCGGAUUCCGCUUGUAACAUCGACGCCGACGGGGACGCGCUUAAACCACCGGCGACGGACACUAGCUCGGCAACACAAACGGACGUUAUUACGGACACCGACAAAUCGACCACCUCAUCCACCUCUUCCCACCACGCGAUUAGCGAAAGUUGUCUCGGGGAUAGCCGCGGCGAUAGUCGAGUUGCGAGUGCGACGCCCGAAGACGGGGACGCGUUAGUGGAAGGUCGUUCCGCGAACGACGAGGUUUCAUUGACGGCCGCUGAUCGCAACCGGGACGAAUCUACUCUCGCGAAUGAAGAUGACUCUGAGAUGAAAGGAAGUGACGAAGCAGUGACGCCCGAGAGGCGUGACUUCGAAGACGUUUCCUUCCGGCUUAUCGUGGAGGACGUUGACGCGUCUAUCGCCGAAGCGCCCGUAUCGGAUCUUACGACGCAAACGGAUGAGAUGAUCGAGCGUAGAGAUCGUUCGAGGUCCAAAGAAUCUCAAAGCAUUUCGGAAUGUUCAAGUUUCGUCAGUGGGCAAACGAUGUCCGACAGCGAAUCGGAGAGUCAUUCCGAAAGUGGUUCCGAGGAGGAAGCCGAAGACGACGAGUCGCGAGAUGAAAAUUGCAACGUGAAGGACGGGAAAAAAGAUGAGAAGAAGGACGAUAGAAAUUCCAGCGGUAAAAAUAGCGCGGAAAGCGAAAGUGGCGAAGAGAAUAAGGAUUCCUCGAAUUCCGAAAGCGACGAGGAGACGACGGUGCUGAGUGUUAGCUCGAACACCCGAGGCGAAAGCAGCGUGACGCCUGACGAUCGUUACGAGAGGGAUCUGAAGCGUCGAAGUGCCUCGAUAAUCGACGAGAGGAGCAUCGAGGAGAUGUUCGACGACAACGGCUGGGUAGUCACGGAACAAGAUCUACAACAGGAUCUACAAAUUGAUCAGCGAACGGUAUCCACGAUCCUAUCCACGGGCGAUCCCGUCGAUCGCCCGUCCGAAGAGACUGAAGACUCCAUCGGCGACGUCAAUGACGCAGCAGGAGCACGUACCGAAGAAAUUAUUCCAAAAAUUGCCGAAGGGAGACACGACGAGACGUCGAGCGAUCUCGAAGAUUUCUCCGUGCAGUCGAGCGUCGUUGACGACGCCGAGAUGGCUCCCUCGCCGAGCGAACUACGAGAUUCCGAGGCUCUGCCAAGAAGUCGCGUGUACAGACAGAGCAGUCUGGGUAAAAAUGGAUGGCUGGUUUCCGACGAGUCCGAGAACGAGUCCGACCGGGCAACCUCGCCGAUUGAAGCUUCCUCCGAAGGUCGAGACGUCGCGAAAAUCGGGUCCGCGAGCGAAACGAUGGGGAUCGACGAGAUCGAAGAUAGCACGGGCGACAUCGACGAGAACGGGUGGGUGAUACUUAACGAAGGUGACGACGAUGAUGACGAUGAUGACGACGACGAUGACGACGACGACGACGACGACGACGACGACGACGACGAUAUCGGCAAAGAUCACAUAGAGGAUAGUGUGCAAGGGAAUACGAUUCGUUCCCAAACUACUGACGUCGUAAAUUCGAAAACUAACGUUGAGAAUGGCGCAUUAGUCGCAAAUUCUGCUGUCCGAUCGAAGGGCACCGAGCAGUCAGGGCCCGACGAGCACGAGGAAACGUCCGAUGCCAAUAUGAGUAUACCGAUGCAAAUGGAUGUCUCACGAAUCUGUGAUAAAAAGUGCGCCGCAUCGGUGGUCGCCGAUGGUUGCACUCAUCCAUGGAGCUGGAAUCGAAUCAAAUCAGUGGCUGCUUCGUUUCUGAACAAGAGCAGGAGCCAGGCGGCGAUGAUGGCGUCCCGGGAACGGGAACGUGAACGCGAUCGCGAACGCGAGCGCGAGCGUGAACGCGAGCGUGAACGCGAGCGUGAACGCGAGCGCGAACGCGAACGAGAACGUGAACGAGAACGCGAAAGGGACGUGGACGCGGAGAUCGACUCGCCUUUGUCGGCGAGAUCGCGCUACGCGGCCCUGAAGGAGCGCCGGCAACGUUUGGCUCGUUCUAGGAGCUCGCACAACUUCGGCGGCGACGACCUCGACCUGGACGAGGAACCACCAUCACCUACGACCCAGUCGCCGAACGCCUAUCUGGCGGCGAAAUAUGGCGCCGGCUCCGAGCUGGCACGUAGCCGCAGUACUCAUGCCCUGAAGUCGAGAGAGCCGAGCCCGGAACGCGAUCGACCGGGAACGGAGAAGGACGGCGCGGCCUUGAGCUCCUGGGCCAGGUACCUUAAGAACAAAUACGGCAACCGCACCGCCAAGGACAAGGAACCGCCCUCCUCGUCCUCCACGAUACCUUCGUCCAGCACUAGCGCUGCUUCAAGAAGGCUAUCGCUGGGCUUGCCUCUGAGGCACACCGGGCAAACAUCCUUUGAAUCUUCUGACGACGACCAAAAAAACCCGUCAGGCUCCCCCACGUCCCCUACAGCAGUUCCCGUUAUACCCGCGGCAGCAGGUUCCUCCACUAGCAAUGGUCGGAGGAGUCAUUACUUGCUGAAGCGGCGGCAGCUGUUUAAAUUCGGGAUGCGGGGGAGCGAAGCCGGAUGCUUUACCUGGCCGAGAGGCCUCGCGGUCGGCCCGGACAAUUCCAUCGUCGUGGCCGACAGCUCCAACCAUCGUGUUCAGGUAUUCGACGGUAAUGGGAACUUCAUGAAGGAGUUCGGAACCUACGGCAGCGGCGAGGGCGAGUUCGAUUGCCUCGCCGGGGUGGCCGUAAACCGGAUCGGGCAGUACAUCAUCGCGGAUCGCUAUAACCACAGGAUCCAGGUGCUCGAUCCGUCCGGCCGCUUUCUGCGGGCCUUCGGCUCCCAGGGCACCGCCGACGGCCGAUUCAAUUAUCCCUGGGGCAUCACCACCGACGCCCUCGGAUUCAUCUACGUAUGCGACAAGGAGAAUCAUCGCGUGCAGGUAUUUCAAUCGGACGGCACGUUCGUAGGCAAGUUCGGCUCGUGCGGUAGCGGACGCGGCCAAUUAGAACACCCGCAUUAUAUCGCAGUGAGCAACACCAAUCGAGUGAUCGUUAGCGACGGCAACAAUCACCGUGUGCAGAUAUUUGACGUGAAUGGCCGCGUGUUGACAUCCUUCGGCUCGGAGGGUUCAGACGAGGGCCAGUUUAAGUUCCCGCGGGGCGUUGCCGUGGACGAUCAAGGCUACAUCGUCGUUGCCGACUCUGGCAAUAACCGCAUACAGAUCUUCAGUCCCGACGGUGCUUUCCUGAAAUCUUUCGGUUGCUGGGGCAGCGGCGACGGUGAAUUUAAAGGCCUCGAGGGCGUCGCCGUUACAUCCAGUGGCAACAUCGUCGUCUGCGACCGCGAGAAUCAUCGGGUCCAAGUAUUCUGAAUUCGUCGAUUUUACGUUUUAUUUAACAUUGUGCAAGAGCUCUUUUCAUCAAACGGAUACUACGCUGAUCUAUAUUUAUAUUCGCGUUUAUUAAUGCCAUUAAUGAUGAGCGAAUAUUCAGAAAAUAUCUUUACACGAUGUCGCGUAUUUUAUAUACUCGAAAAAUAUCUGUAUCCAUGAUGUCUACGAGAGUCCGAGAGAAUAUCUGUGGAAUCGAGUUUCAAUAAUCUCGAAUAGUUUUUUGCACCAAUAUGGAGACUUUUUCAUCUGGAAUCUUCUAACAUUCGGUAAAGCUCGAAAUUGAAUUCAAAUAGAAAAAAAAAA